CGUUCCGCCAUUUCCGCUUCCGGCGCGCGGCGUUUCCGGUUCCGCCGCCGCCAGGCCCGUUCCCGGCGCCGCCGCCGCCGCCAUGGGCGCUCACCUGGCGCGGCGCUACCUGUGGGACGCGGAGGGCGAGCCCGACCCGCUGCACAUGCCGUCCUUCCCGGCCGAGCUGGGGCUGCCGCGCCGCCAGCCGCGCGCCGCGGUGGCCUCGGCGGCGCAGCUGGCGCAGGGCCGGGUGCCGCUGGAGCAGCGGGACUAUUGCAGCCACCACCUGCUGCGGCUGCUGCGCUGCCACCGCGACAACUUCCCCGUGCCCUGGGGCUGCCACCGGCUGCGGCACGCCUGGGACGCCUGCCAGCACGAGGACUACGUGAUGCGCAUGAAGGAGUUCGAGCGCGAGCGGCGCCUCCUGCAGCGCCAGAAGCGGCUCCGGCAGAGCCAGGGGGACACCGAGUGACAGCGGGGACAGUGACACCGCGGUGACACCUGGGACACCGCGGUGACACCUGGGACACCACGGUGACGGUGACACGAGGCCACCCCCGCACAAUAAACCUGCUGAGUGACA